CUAUAGGUUCAGGUGUAAAUGCCAUGUGUAUAGUAAAUGUCGUGAUCCACGUCCCAGUUCCAUGAGUCAGCUUGAUUUAAUUGACUUGCGAGUGUUUUUUUGUGGGUGCGUGCAAUUUCUGGCCCAGGGCGGAUCGCGGGAUGAAAACAAACGCGGCACUCCUAUUGCUUUGCCGGCAGCAACUCUUAAGGGCGUCUCUUCUGAAGUUUUUGUGUUGAGAUCCCGCAGGUGGAUCGUAUUUUAGGAAAUAGAAUAACGGUCGCUUGGUCCAGCGAUGGGAGGCUGGGAGUCAAAAGAUGCGUGUGAGUCGGGAGGGACAGCGUUUUGCGGGACAGUCGCAAAUUCUGCUGGCUGCAUUGCGCUCUCUAAAGAGUUCUACUGUACCUGCCUACCGGGUUUCCAGCCUGAGGGCCGGAGGAUGAAUUCGUCGUGCGUUGAUAUCGACGAAUGCGCCAGAGGAAUAGGGCUGUGCUUCAGCAAAAUCGAGAAUUCCGAGUGUGUGAACACGCCAGGAAGCUUCGAGUGCAGAUGUAAUGAAUACCGGACGUUGAAGAAUAAUGUUUGUGAAGAUAUAAACGAGUGCUUGGACAACCGAGGAGGCUGCGCAGAACACACUGAUUGCAUCAACAACGACGGAGCGGCAGUAACCUGCAGGUGCUUACCGGGCUACACGGGGAAUGACGGCAAACCUGGACGAGCGUGCAAGGAUAUCAACGAAUGUGAAGAACCGGAUCACUGCCCCGAGAACUCGGUCUGCGUCAACACCCCUGGGUCCUACCGGUGCGAAUGCAAGACGGGAUUUGCAAAAGAUGCUGAAGGGAUGUGCACAGGCAAAGACUUUUGCGUCACAGGAGAGAACGGAUGCGAUCCCAACUUCGCCACAUGUACUCCGGUUGUGGGCUCCUACGCCUGUGCGUGCAAGGAUGGUUUUCAAGGCAGCGGCAGGAAGGGAGAAUGCAAACCGCUUCCUGGCUCCGAAUACAAGGCCUGCGAGCUAUUAGGGCUACACUGUGGGCGGUACCAAGGAUGUGCAUCAGACAACGCAGGAAGCUACAGAUGCGCAGCACUGACUAAAGUGCAGCAGGUGAAAGUUCUUCUGUCCGAGGGACCUGGAACGGAAACUCCCCUUUGGCUGUGGUGCUGUGUCGCCCUAGCUGCCGUCAUUUUUGUUGGCGCUGUUGUCUACGGUGUUCGUUAUUUUCUGAAGAAAUGGAAGAAGACGAAUGAGUCAGAAGAUGACGCUCUAUUGAGUGGAUACGGGUAUGACUACGGCGCGGCGCAUUCGUUCAGAGGGUAGCGGGUCGGAGACUCAUUGGCAACUAUAAUACAGUUUGUCUACAUCUGGUCUGUGUUUUUUGUGUCCGGUCCGAUCCGUGAGUUUUCUACUGUAUCACAGGAGGCGGUAAACCAGCACCUGCUGGCGUAUUUUUGAUUCGUAGAUUUCCAUGGUUCCUUCAAAAGUGCGCUCGUAUUUGUUUCUUUCCCGCAACAGUGACACGAAGAAAUGCAUUACCGUGCGUGUGAACCCGGUCGGGUAUCUUUGUCACUGAAAUUUGUAUACAUCCGUGGAACUGCAACAACAGAGGUGUCUUCGUUUUUUUAAAGCUCCGUCUGCCCUACAUAAGAUCAGUUGUAGAUUGGUGGUGUGGCGGGGUAGAUCUCCAUUCACUGGGAGUUACGUGUACUUCCUUCUACAUUUUUUCAGCAGUGGUCAUUCGGAAGAUGCGGAGACCAACCCGUUAUUUUCGUGAGUGUCAUUAGGACGUUGUGUGGCGUCUCAGAGUGUUUUCGAUAUAAAACUUACGGCGGCCUUCUUCGUUUUCAGAUGUAUGCCUAUUAGCGGCAUCAGCUUGCUGAUAUGUAUAGAACUGUUGUUUCAUUUCAACAGAACGGAAUCAGCGCUUC